GCGGUUUCGGACGACGGCCAUCAAAUCGGGUGAGAGAUGCGACCUUGAAGAGCCGCGUAAGUGGAGGGUUUAACGCGUAUUUUUUUUUUUUAUUGUGGUUACGUUCUCGCCCGGGCUUCAGUCGCCCGGGCCACCAGCACGCGAGAGGUGCUGUCGAGGCGAGCUGCUGCGCAACUGUACAAGAUGCUGAAGCCGAUACUAGCAGCUUUCGACUUCAACAACACCAUCGUGAACGGUGACAGUCUGCAGACCAUCGUGGAGUUGGGCGCGGGUCGCAGCCUGCCGAACGUAAAGUCCAACUACACCUUAACGAUGGAUGCCGUGUCCUUCACCCAGACCAUGAUCCGGAGCCUGCAGGAGUCCAAGGGCAUCACUGCCAAGCACAUCCGCCAGGCCCUCCGUAAGCUGCCCCUGGUGCCGGGGCUGGACGCGGUCCUCCGGCUGCUCAAGUCGCGCGACUGCGAGGUCAUCAUCAUCUCUGACCUCAUGACGGUCGCCGUCGACGACUGGCUGUCUGGGUCCGAGGUGUCCUCGCUCGUGGACAGGGUGUACGCCAACCCGGCGCGCUACGACGCCGAUGGAUACAUCGUCAUCGAGCCCUACCACCGGCAGGACUGGUGCGACAAGAGCUACAGGCACAUCUGCAAAGGACACGUGCUCGAAGAGCACAUCAGGAGCAGGAUGGCUGACGGUGUGUCCUUCGGCAGGCUGGCCUUCUUCGGGGACGGCAGCAACGACCUGUGCCCUGUCCUCAGGCUGGGCGAGAAGGAUCUGGCCUUCCCGAGGGAAGGGUACAAGUUGAAUGAACUGCUGGACUCCAACCCUCCAGGUCAAGUUAAAGCUGCCAUCCACCCGUGGUCCAGCGGGGAAGACAUUAUUGGCAUCUUCAAAUCUCAUCUGACGUCGAGUGAAGGAUAAUUUGUUAAUUAAUUACUACUGAGAAUACUACACCUACCUCAUCAUACAAUGUCACUGAUCGAACUAUGUGCGAUGCAGCAUUUAAACCUCUAUUCUUAAUAUCACACUAUAAUAAUUACAUCUUACCACUGAUAUUUCCUUUGAAGAGUUUUCUAGGGUUUGAACGUUUUAUUAUUGUACGUUCUCUUUCAUUUGUGACUUGGAGGAUACAAUUAUUGACGUAAAAUUGGGGAAUAUGGCGCACCUUUGGAAAAAAUCCAACAAUUAAUUUUAAAAGUAUAAUUUUCUCUGUAACUCCUCCAGUGAACUCUAUAUAAUAAUACAGCUCAGUUAUAUAAAACUUGUAUGUAUGUCACCAUAAGUACUAUUGGAUGUCCAAAAACUGUAUCCAUUACAUCGCGUCAUUUAUUCUAAGCUUUGGUUAAAAUGACACAUUUGUUCGGAUUUAAGACGCACAGCAGAAAAUUGGGAGGAAUAAAAGAAAAACAUUUACUGAACGAUGUCUUAAAUUUUUUAAUCGAUUGAAGUAAUAUAUGGCAGACAAUAAAAAUAGUAAAUUUAAGUUAUUUUUUAUUACUUCUAUGGAAAUAAAAACUUAAAUAAUCUGGCAUGGUUUUUUCAAGACCAUAAAUAAAAUAUACAAACAAAUAUAUUUUGCUGUAUAAAUUUGAGUAAUUAAAUCUCAGGUUAUUUUAAAAAAUGUCUGUCAAAAUAAAAACUUAUUUUGGGUUGAAUUAUAAUUUUUUAAUAAGGUGUUGCAACGUUGUAAAACAAAUAUAUUAUUAAAGGACAACUGUGAAACGCCUGACCAAAACUAAGAUUUAUAUACUCGUGCAAAACAUUUUAAAUUAAUUUGAAUGCAACAAUACUUGUAUCUUUAUUUAAACGUACAGCUAAAAAUUGUGGUGUUGUCAUUUCUGCAAUUACAGUUCACACCCUCUGUUUCACCCUCUGCACUGGUCAUGAAAACACAUAGAACAAUCAACACAACGAUGCCAAAUUUCACCGUCCUUCCCGAACUCACCACAAACCAAACAAACGUCUGUCCCCAAAAAAUUCUUCCUUUACCUUUGCAUUUUUCAGUUUGCACACUAGCUUCAUCUGCUUGAAUUUUUGAAGUUGAUUCUAAAUCAAAAGCGAGCCUUCUAUUGGGCAUGGAAAUUCGAAGGGUUUUUGACUUCAAUAUGGUGUUCUUGGCUUUUUUCAACCAUUUUUUCACACUUGAAUUUUAAUUUUUAAGUUAUUUUUUUGGUGCUGUCUUUGACCUUGGCUGGGUUUUCAUUCAGUAUCACUUUGUUUCGUGUUGCUGUCAGAAUUUUAGAUAGUGGUUUUCUUCCUUUGGAACAGUUUGCAGUCAUCAAUGCAGGUUUUGGUAGCCUAAUGGUGAAUUUUAUUCUACAUUUCUAUUAACGUUUGAUAUGGAUGGGAUAGAAGAAGAACUGGGUGCUUCUGCAUUUGUUACUAGAAAUUUAUUUGGAAAUACUGGCGGUGUUUAUCUCUCAUUUUCAUUCUCAUCACAAAUUUUCAUUCAGGAGGAGAACUGAAACAAUGCCCUGAUAUAUUAAAAAUGUUCACAAUAAACUUUUACCUGUUCAAAGAAAAUAUUCCCGCUACUCUGAAUCUUGACCGGGCGUUUUCUAUUGUUGCCGCUUGAAGUACGCAUGGUAAAAAUAUUCAACCAGUCAAAUUACUUAAUUCUCAGAUUUUCUUUUGAAUUUUUCGAGAAUGAGUCACUUUCCCUGUUGAGUGAAUGUUUUAAUGGGUCGAAAAAGGUCAUGUCAAGUAGCCGAAGCCUGUGAGAUGUAUUUGGAGGUACAUUUGUACCAGAAGCCCUGAAUGCACAUAUAGUUGUUACAGUAUUCGAACGAAAUUCUUGACCCAAGAUGUUUUAAAUUUUUGGCCAGAGUUGUGUUGGAAGUUAAUGAACUGUGAUUAUUCCUGUCUCAUCAAUGUUUAAAACUAUUUUCUGUUAACUUGUUUUUCGCCAAAACAUUUUCUAAGUUGUCAAAAUAGGUUUUAAAAUAUGCUUCAUUAAUAGAGCUGUGAUUCUGUUGAAACUUGAACCCUCUGGUUUUCUUAGACUUAUUUCAGGGUUUUGUUCCAUGAAAAGGUAUUACCAAUCCUGUCCUGAAAAGUUGCUAUGAAUAUUAUCAUCUUCAGAAUAUUGGAGCACUAAUUUUCUGAGUUCGUAAGGUGUCAAUUCAUAGUAUAAAUUAGCUAGAUGAAAAAUAUGAACUGUUAGUUUAUUUUCUUGACUGAGUGAACGCAGGUCACCUACCUAAGUUUGUCUCAAACAUUUGCCAUCCUAAUUUUGCUUUGUCACUUUCAUUUUUCUGACUAGUGUAGCAUCCGGAAUACCGUGCUUCAACGCACCCUGUCUUAUCGAAAUCCCAGAUUUAACAUCGUUAAUAGCCUCUACUAACGAUUUUUCUGACCAAAAGCCUCUAUUAAAAUGCCUCAUAUAAAUACCAGGCAUCUAAGACUAAAAAAAAUAACUAUAAAGUAACCCAUAUAAUACAAUAUUUGAUGUUGGGUAAUGUAGCGCGUGAUUGAGGUAAUAUGAUGCACUCGAACCUUGGGUGCCAUAUUGACACAUCGUAUAGAAAUUAUUUGUAACAUAUUUUUAGUAUUAAUUUUAAAUGUAAUUUGAUUAAAAAUUAUAAAGCAAAUGUCAAAAAAAGAUAUGUGUUUUCAACUACUGUAUCCAUUUAGUGAUAAUUUUACCAAACUGCAACCAAAUAAUUGCAUGAGAACAUCGCGAAAACUAAAAUAUUUUACAACUUUGCCAUGAGUACGACUAUCGAUAUCUCUUUUUGAGCAGGCAGAUAUAUUCCGACCUUGCGGCCGGCAUUUCUCAA